CGUCCGGCUAGACGGACCCUUGGCUGACCCGACAGGGUAUAACGAAGAACUUCCCAAAAAGAGCACCUCGCAGUAUCACAGAGAACAGGUUGCGAUAGAGUCGCCAGCAAAACCGUGUCACCGUGAACCUUGAUUAACCUUUUGCGACCAUCGAAGCUCUGGCUACGCGAAGCACAAAGCAGAAAGUUUGUCAGUGUUACUUUGUGUCUGUGCGUUGUGUGUGCUAGCUGUGAAGUGGUAGCUUGCUGCUGUAAAAGUUGGCACUGGAAUCACAGUUGGCGUGCUGGCGCUUCAAGUGUAGCGUGCCAUUACGAUUCCCGUGCAGUGCUACCACGUUAUCCUGUUAUUGCAGACAAUUAGUUAAAAUCAUCAAACCAUCAGAAAAACGCGGUGUGCUUUCGAGUGCUAGCAACUAACUAGCAGCACGCAAACCAGUGCAAGACGAAGACGCCCCCGUCCAAGUGUUUGCAAAAGUGCUGUGAAGAGAGAGUGAAGCCGAAUUUAUCUUCAGAUUUUGACCCAUUUUUCGGUGACCACAGCGGUGGAGCGAAGCGGCAGCGGCGGCGCCAGGAAUUACAUUGUGCCAGGCCACUUCGAGGAACGGAAGGAAACACUUUUCCCACCACCAGCGCACGAUGGGUUGUGCCAGUAGCUCACCAUUGAUCAACGGUGGCGGUCCCGGUGGUGUGGUUGAAUCGGCAAAGGAAGCAGCAACCAAGACGGCCAACGAUGUGCUGCAUGCUGGCGAAGCGGCCAUCCACGAUGUCGGUGAGCACGUGAAGGACGCCGUCCAGAAUGUCACGCACGAGCUGGAGAACGUGCUCGGUGGUGGUGGUGGCAAGAAGGACAAAUCCGACACGAUCAACGAGGAUGACCAGGAUGGUGGCGAAGAUGGAGGGGCUCCGAUGUCGGACAAGGACUAUCAGAUCAUACGGUUGAAGGGCUCGAAACAGAACAGCGUCGACAGUGAGACACUCGAGAACAUGAAGAACGACAUGAUGACGAAGGCGCAGCAAAGUUUCGGCGAGGACCCGGAGCGGAUGGCGGACGAUCUGAUGCGCGAAACGGAGGAGCUGAUGCGGGACGCCGAGACGGGCAUCGCGCACACCCGCCAGCAGGUGCUGGACGAGAUGACGACGCGCAUCACCUCCACCGAGGACGGUACGAUCGAAAUCCUUAACCUGGAAGGUAACGCGCCCAUGUCACCGGUCCAUUCGAUUGACAGUUUGAAAACUACUUCACCAGAGCCCGAGAUCGAGCGGAUACUGGCGGAUGCGGCCGGUACGGACGGUACGAAUGGUCACGAUCGACCGGCCUCCCCCAAGGCCACACUCAACACGCUCGCCGUUCCAGCUACAGCUACCGUGGCCACUAAUGGUGACGAAGGGAUGAUGCCGAUGAUGGCUAACAAACCGGAUGUGUGAGUAAACAGCUCACACCGGACAUGGACACACAGGCACACGGUGCACUUCACUCACAGAUUCGCUGCUCUAGUGCACUCUCUCUCUCUAGACACUACUCGCACCUCACCACCAAACUCGGCACAUGAACACCACUCCCCGAUCCUUCUUCAUCAUCAGCGCUCCCUCCGAGAGCCAUCCAUCGGCUGUAACCAACGGAUCCUUCUCAAAUCGGUCUCGCCUUUAUCCACUUUGUUGUAUUUUUGUGUCUAUUGUUUAUUGUGAGACCGGAAGCAGAUAUUCUCAUCCACAGUUUUGUUUCAACAGUUAGUAGACUCUCACACCGUCCCAUUACUGCUCCUUCGUCGUCAAACCGAAGCCGGUUGCGGUUCAUCGGAGACGGGGAUUCCCUUUUCGUUCCAUAUUGUGUCAUAUUGCG